CACUUUCACACUUUGCUUCAAGCACCGGCUGGCAUCGCAAUGGACACGCUGUGCUGCGCGACGUUUCUUUGUACAUUCCCCCUGAACUCCAUCGCUGCAUGCGUGAGCGCCACAGCUGCAAUGUUUGUGUACGGUGGCAGCACCCUCCGAACUGUUCUGCUCGCCUACUUCUGCUGGAUGCUUGUGGACCCCUGUCCUGAGAAGGGCGGCUACUCGUUUCUCUGGAAGCUGGGCAUCACGGAUUUUCUGCGGAGGGGCUUCUUCUGGAGGUGGGCCUCCCGCUAUUUUCCAGUCACGAUGCGAGUGACAUCACCUUUGCCAGCUGAGAAAGGGCCUUACAUCUUUGUUUGCCAUCCGCAUGGCAUUAUUGGCGUAUCGCCGAUGACGUCCUUUGGGACCGACGCAUGCGGCUUCUCAGAGGCUUUCCCCGGCCUGUCAGUACAUCUACUGGGUCACAACGCCAUCUUCCGGAUCCCCUUCUUCCGGGAGUGGUGUUUGAUGCACGGGCACGGUUCCGUCAGCAAGAAGACGUGCUUGCACCUUCUCCGGCAUGGCCGCUGCAUUGGUCUGGCACCAGGAGGAGCCAAAGAAAGCCUGGAAAGCGUUCCGGGCACCAUGCGCUUAGUGUUGCGCAGUCGCAAAGGUUUUGCGAAGCUGGCGCUUAGCACUGGGGCUGCCUUAGUGCCGGUGAUAGGCUUCGGUGAGAAUGACCUCUAUGCUACGGUGCAGUUCGAGAAGGGAAGCAUCAGACGAAAGAUCCAGGAGCAGCUGCAGAAUUGCCUUGGAUUUGCUUUACCCGUCUUCUGCGGAAGGACCUGGCUGCCACUAGUGCCCUUGCGCCGACAUGUCACCACCCUUGUCGGUGCCCCGCUGUAUCCGCCAAAAAAUAUUGCAGAGCCAUCGGAAGAGCAAGUUGAUCUUUUCCACCGGCAAUAUUGUGAAGCCUUGGAGCAGCUGUUUGAGCAGCACAAGGCUGAGUACGGCAUGGCAGAGACCAAGCUGGUUCUGGUUUGA